AGCCGAGCGGACGCCCCUCGGGGCCGCGCCGCAGCCCCCCGCGUCCCUGCUUAUCAUGCCCCGGGCCCGGGCCCGGCAGCCGGAGCAGCCAGGACACCAUGCCGGAGGGCGAAGGUGGAGACGGCGGGGAGGUGCCCGCGCUCGUUCCGGACGGCGAGCCGCUGCGGGAGGAGCAGCGGCCCCUGAAGCAGUCCCUGGGAGGCUCUCUGUGUCGAGAGUCUCACUGGAAGUGCCUGCUCCUCACACUGCUCAUCCAUGCCUGUGGGGCUGUGGUGGCCUGGUGUCGCUUAGCCACUGUGCCCCGCCUGGUCCUGGGGCCUGAGGCAGCCUUGGCUCGUGGGGCUGGUGGUCCGCCGCCCACCUACCCAGCCAGUCCCUGCUCCGAUGGCUACCUGUACAUCCCAUUGGCCUUCGUCUCCCUCCUCUACCUCCUCUACCUGGCAGAGUGCUGGCACUGUCAUGUGCGGUCAUGCCAGGCGCCUCGCACUGAUGCCAACACCGUGCUUGCCCUGAUCCACCGGCUGCAACAGGCUCCGCCCUGUGUCUGGUGGAAGGCCACCAGCUACCACUACGUGCGACGUACACGCCAGAUCACCCGCUACCGCAAUGGGGACGCCUAUACCACCACACAGGUCUACCAUGAGAGGGCGGACAGUCGCACAGCUCGGGGUGAGUUUGACUACAGUGCACAUGGUGUCCGUGAUGUCUCCAAGGAGCUCGUGGGCCUAGCAGACCACGCAGCCACGCGGCUGCGUUUCACCAAGUGCUUCAGCUUUGGAAGUGCUGAGGCCGAGGCCUCGUACCUCACACAGAGAGCUCGCUUCUUUAGUGCCAAUGAGGGCCUGGACGACUACCUAGAGGCCCGCGAGGGCAUGCAUCUGAAGGAUGUGGACUUCCGUGAGUCCCUCAUGGUCUUUGCAGACCCCCACAGCCCACCCUGGUAUGCCCGAGCCUGGGUCUUCUGGCUGGUGUCUGCAGCCACGUUGUCCUGGCCACUGCGAGUGGUGGCAGCCUAUGGGACGGCCCAUGUGCAUUACCAAGUGGAGAAGCUUUUCGGUGCCAGCUCACCGCCCCCAGGGGCUGUGCCCAGCGGGCCACCUCUCUCGCGUGUAGCCACCGUGGACUUCACAGAGCUUGAGUGGCACAUCUGCUCCAACCGGCAGCUGGUGCCCAGCUACUCGGAGGCUGUGGUCAUGGGUGCCAGCUCUGGGGCCUACCUGCGAGGCUGCCAACGCUGCCGUCGCUCUGUCAGCAGCAACUCCCUGCCUCCCGCACGUCCCAGCGGGCCUCGCCUACCCUUCAGCCGCAGCCGCCUCUCGCUAGGUGCUGGGGGCCGAACCACCCCAGGGGUCUUCCGCAGCUUGAGUGGAGGUCCCUUGGGACGCAGAGGGGAGGACACGGAGCCUCUGGAAAGCCCUCCGUGCUAUGAGGACGCCCUUUACUUCCCGGUGCUCAUUGUCCACGGGGACAGCGGCUGCCGUGGAGAUGGGCAGGGUGCACUCUGAGAUACCCGCCCCCUACAGUCCCAGAACACCCCUCUCUCCUCACCAUCUCACCACGGGCUUGGAUGUCUGAAUAACUGUCAAAAACAGGAAAGAAAACAGACCAGCCAUGCACAAGGGGUGGGAGUUGAGUGGGAUCCUUAGACUAAAAUUGCGGUGACACGCGGUCCUUUGAGGAGGAAGUAAACACCAUGUAAGUUGAGUCUGUGAUCUGUCCCCAGCAUGGCUCCCCCAACCAUCACCAUGUUCCCCUGUGAUAGCAGAUGAUGCUGGGCAGGGAGAGAAGCGUCCAGAAAGACUGGGCUGCGGGGAGACCUGGGCACGGCUGCCUGUCUCUCUGCCAUGGCUGAGCUACAUGGGGAGCCCUCCUGCAACAUAGAAGCACAAACUGGUGGCUUGGGACCAUGGCCAGCUGGGAUGGCUGUCCUGAAGCUGAACAGCUGGCCGUGGCUACCCCAGAGCUUGGUCCCCUGCCCACCAGAGUCCCCAUCCUCCUCUGCUCCAUCCCCUUCAUCUGCCCUCUGAUCUCUGCUCAGGGCAAGUGCCCUGAUUAUCCCUCGACCCUAAGGUGUGGUUAGUCCCUCCGCAGCGCCCAGUUCUUAGAGCACAGACUUGCUCUCUUGCUCCCACCUCAGUCUCCCUGGUUCCUGUUGCACCUUGACUACAUCCAGCUUUCUUUAUGACCCAGGUUUUCCAACUCUGAGCCCCAGCAUCCUGAAAUUCAUAUCUGCCUCUGUCAGCCACGCAAUAUCUUGUCCCCACCAUUCCCCCAGGCUUCUCUGCUCUUCACCUUCUAAGUGACCCACAGGAUGUAGGACUACAGGGCAUCCGAGGGGCUCUGCCCUGGUCACAGCCUCUUGGACGAUGCCCUGGCCUUGCCUUGAAGGCCUCUGCUUCUCCCAUUCAUGGAGCCUGUCCAGGGGACACCAUCCCUCCCUAGGGAGAACAGAAUAGUCCCUUCCCUUCCAACUGGGGAUUCCACCCCCUCUCAGGGGCUGGCGGGGGAGGGAAGAGACAGAGAAAAUUAAAUAAAGUUAUGAAAUGGAAAGGU